UCCAGUCAGAAGGAGAGUCCAUCUCAUUCAAGUGUCUUCCAGGACCUACCACAGCUCCAUGAUCCAGCGUCCCAGCCCAUCCCACUCCAUAACCCAACACCCCCCUAUUCUGAGACGUUAGGCAGUUUUAGUUUAGUGUCCUCACAAGGAAAAGCAUGACUGAUAAACUCGGACUUGCAGGUGCGGCAGAUGAGCCCAGCGCCCUGAACAUCUUCUCUCUUCUGGAGAGGGUGUCUGGGAUCAUAGACAAUGUACAGGCGUGCCAGCAACGCAUGGAGGAGAGACAGUUGGAGCUGGAAAGCACUGUGAAGACCAUCCAGGUGGAAGUCGUGAAGUUGACAAAGGAGCACACAGCUACAAGUAGCACUGUGGAGAAACUUCUGGAGAAAACGCGCAAGGUCAGCUGUCAUGUCAAGGACGUCCGUGUCCGUGUGGAGAAGCAGAACAUUCGUGUCAAGAAGGUAGAGGAGACCCAAGUUGAGCUGCUGAACAAGAACAAGUUCCGUGUAGUUAUCUACCAGGGAGAUAAUGAGGUCCCAGCUGUAGCUGCCUCUAAAAGAUCUCCAAAGGGAGCAAUGGGUGGAGACACCCCUGUAGAUCCUGACGCACCGGAGGCCCCACUCCCUGACUCUGAUGAGGAAUACAUGGUUGUCGAGGAGGCUGACUCCUCCACUGCUGCCAGGAUGAAAAAAACCGGCCUGAAACGCAUCGAGAGCCUGAAGCAAACCUUUUCAAGAGAGAACAUGACCAGGACCAAGGAGAACCUGGGAACCAAGGUCAACAAGCUGGGUGAGCGUAUAGUAUCGGCUGAGAGACGUGAGAAAAUCCGCCUGUCUGGGGAACGCCUGAAACAAUCUGGUGAACGUUUCAAGGAAACCAUCACCAAAACCGUGCCAGCCAAGCUGAACCUGAAGAAGGAGAGGACGGUGGCUGAAGGUCAAGAAGGAGCAGAGGGGACCACAGAGGGAACGGCGCCUGUCCCACCACCAAAGGGUCGCAGGGCCACCCCUGAUGUGGCCUACACAGAGCCAACAGAGAAACAAGAAGGUGCAGACGAAGGAAAAGGCGAGGAAUCGGAAGUGCCAAUGUAUGAUAUGAAGCAGCUUUCUUGAAAAUGCAAGUUUGACUAACUAAGGAACCUUGGCAGAUUUGAGUCACAUUUGGAAAAGACUAUUGUACAAAUAUGAUUUUGAAUAUGGAAUUAAAGAACUUGAAGGUGAUAAGAUUGGGCCAGUCUUGAUUUUGAGUGGAUUGUGCUUACAACAACUUAAUGUAUGAAUCAAGGAAGUUACACAGAAUAUCUGUUAAGAUCAUUAUUUUUCGUUUGUUUUGUUUUUAGGAUUUUCUUGUUUACAUCUACCAUGGACUCUGAAAGAUGCAAGGGUUGUGAAUGUUAAACUAGUGUAUUAAGAUGAGCAGGGUAUGGGUUUAUAUUUAUAAAUUCAGCUUAUUUCAAUGUAAUAUUUGUAAAGCCUACAUUGAUACAUUUAGGAAGCAAACUAAAUUUCCAAAAAUAGCUGAAUUUUCCUCCAAUCUAUACCACCAUCUACAUGAUUUGGGGAAAAAAAGGAAAUGAUGGACUUUUUCUUGAGAAUAUUUAAUAUAUUCUAAAUGGUCUUGAAAUUAUAUAAAACAAUAUAUGAUUUUAGAAUUUUAUUUAAAAUUUAGUUCAUGUAGCUGUUUAGAUUAUAAUGCAUUUACUGUGCAAGCAAAUCAUUUGUAAAAAUUCUCUGUGCUUUCUGUGCUAUAAAACCUGUGAACCUUAAAAAAAAAAAGAAGCAA